AUGCUCCUGCUGGAGAGGGCUCGGUUAAAAGCCCGCUUCAAUCACGCCAAAGGGGAACGCCCUCAAACCCGCCGCUCCCAUUCUGCACAGAGAUACAACCCUGGGAUACAUUCACAGCAAAUGUGUUUAGUGUGUUUCCCUGUUUUAUCCAGCAGGAGGCAGCCGUCUGGGAUUGAUUCAGCACUGGUCCAAAAGGCUGUGGCUGUUAAACCCAAGGAAGAGCUGACAGCCCCUCCCUCAUCAGGUCCGCUCCUGGUCCCACAAAGCAGAGACCUCUCCCCUGGGGGGCAUAAUCGUCGGUAUGGUAACUCACCCACGAGGGUGCGGUUUGAGGAUGAAUCAGAGAAGGAGGCAGAGUCUCGCUACCUGGAUCGGGUGAGGGAGCGUGGGCGGGCCACGGGACAGAAAUCCAAGGGCACUCUGGAAAAGAAGGCGGAGUCUAGCAUAAGCAUUACAGGCCUUACUCCAAGACUGGAGGACGUUGGUUUCACGAACGCUGCUUCUACCCAGGUAACGGAGGUAGUGGUGGUGUUGAGGAAAUGUGAGGCUUGUGGAUCCAUUCUUAGGGAUCCUCCAGUACCCGAACCAGAGACUGCUCUUCCCCAGUCCGGCAACGCGGAGGAGAAUCAAAGCAGGAAGGUCUCUCGCUGGGGCCCCCCAGCCCAAUCAGACGGGAUCCCCCAACCAGAUCAGCCCAGCAGCAUCCACCCCAAAGCGGCAGGGGUCACCUUCGGUGAGGUCCUGAUUCUGGGAGAGGAUACAGAGGGCGGGGCCGGGGGUGGAGUGGGGGAGAAGUCCUCCGGUUUCGGGAAGUUGAGGAGGCGCAGCAGGAAGGGAGAGAGCCGGCUGAAACGGGUCGGCUCGGGACAUGGCCCCUAUGGUGCCUCGUGGGCCCACCGUCGAAACUCAAAUCCCAGAAACAGGGUCAACGUGUGCAGGCGAGCCGUCACCUUUGCUCUAGGCAGUCCUGUAGCUCUGGACCGCCCUCUGGUGGGAGCCUCCGGAAACAGCAGUCCCAAGAAUAGUGACGCCCCCACCCCGCCACUGCCCAUUAAGUCAGCUCUGAAGUCAGGCUGCAAGAGCAGGGUAAGUGGGCAGCGUGUGGUAAAGCUCCUGCCCUCGGUUCAGUAUCACCUCAUCAACCUGGAUGAGGGGGCAGGGGGAAGCCCACAGCAUGACCUCAUCACCACAGAGCAUCAUGGGGAUGGUCCUAUCUCUGCCCCACCAGGGUCUCCCCCUAGCGCCGCCUUAGUCCCCUGCAUCCGACCGUCGUCCCUCAGGUACUCCCCUGCAAGGAUCACCCCUGACCUCCCCCCUGCGGAACUCUGGGAAACUGCUGCAGAUGGAGCUGGUCUGGCGCUGAGCGGAGACAUGAGUCGAGAUCUGCUGGUGGCUCUUCCAGAGUGCCGCCCUGCGCUGCGCUGCUUGGGCGUGUCCCGAGCAGAGGACCUGAGGGCAGAGUUACUGAGAGCGGAGCACCUGAAGGCAGAGGCUCAGUGGGAGGAUGGCCAAGAGGGGGCUCGGAGGUCUAUGGCAGAGCGGGACGGCAGACCCAAGCUAUCUCUGCGACGGUUCUUCUCCUCCAUCGGGCUGCACAGUGUGGGCAGGCUGGUGAAGGGAGGGCGCUCCAGCAGCAUGGAACAGCUCAGCAUCUCAGCGCCGCGGGCCAGCUCCGCCUCACCCAGCCCCACCCACAGCCCUCACACCAACACCCGCCUGCAGAGGACCCCCUCACUACAGGCCCUGCACACAGUGUCCCCACUGGCCCAGCUUCGGAAAGCCUCCUCUGUGCAGAGUCUGGAGAGGAGAGUGGAGCGUUCUACCAUUCUGGGAGAGGUGUCCGUGCCUAACAGCCUGGCACCCAGGAUGAUCCAGAGAGCCCUGAGCGUGGAAGAUAUGUUAGCCCCUCGGGUGGUGCGUCCCAUAGGUCCAAUGGGUAGGGUCGUCCAGGCCUUCCCUGAUGGGACCCUCUGGUUGGAGCUCACCAGACCCCCUAACGGCCCUUUUGGGUUCGUCAUCUCUCGAGGCAAAGGUCGACCGGUCACAGGUGUGUACGUGGAGCAGGUAGGGGAUGGUACUGAGGAGGGCCUGUACUCUGGGCUCCUGGGUGUUGGGGAUGAGAUUCUGGAGGUGAACGGGGAGACAGUGGCUGGACUGACCCUGGAUCUGGUGACACGCCUCAUGACCCGUGACAGCACUGCCUCUAUCCGUGUCCUGCCGCACCGUCGGAACCAUCGCUGAGCAAUGGAAUAUUCCAUUAUCCAUUUCAAUGAAAAAACACACUGGAUACUGCGCCAUGAUGAUGUCAUGAUGAAAACUUGAGAAUGGAAAUAGACCUAAAGAGAUAUUUUUAACUCAGGGAGAACAAAAGGAAGGACAUAAUACAUCUCCUUUUCUAUUAUUAGGCCUAAUCUUUGCAGAUUCAGGCAAAUGUUUGUGAAUCAAAACAGAUAAAACUAAGUAUAAAGAGAAUGUUGCACUGAAGAUGCAAGUGAGAUGAUCUACAGUGCCUUCAGAAAGUAUUCAUACCUCUUGACUUAUUCCACAUGUUGUUGCUGCAGCCUAAAUUCCAAAUGGUUUAUAUUGAUUUUAUUUUCUCACCCAUCUACACACAAUACCCCAUAAUGACAAAGUGAAAUCAUGUUUUUAGAAA